AUGGCGGGCCCGGGCCCGGGCGCGGCGCUGGAGACCCCGCGGCAGGUGCUGGGCCGAAUCCGCUUCCUGGCGGAGGCGGCGCAGAGCCUCCGCGCUGGGCGGCCGCUGCCCGCGGCGCUGGCCUUCGUGCCGCGCGAGGUGCUCUACAAGCUCUACAAGGACCCCGCGGGCCCGCCGCGCGUGCUGCUGCCCGUGUGGGAGGCGGAGGGCCUGGGGCUGCGCGUGGGAGCGGCGGGCCCGGCCUCGGGGCCCGGCUCCGGGCCGCUCCGCGCCGCCCGCAGCAGCAUCGAGCUGCGGCGCGGCUCCUGCGUGCGCACCACCGGCGAGGAGCUGUGCAACGGCCACGGGCUCUGGGUGAAGCUGACCAAGGAGCAGCUGGCCGAGCACCUGGGCGACUGCGGGCUGGACGAAGGCUGGCUGCUGGUGUGCCGCCCGGCCGAGGGCGGGGCCCGCCUGGUGCCCAUCGACACCCCCGACCACCUCCAGCGGCGCCAGCAGCUCUUCGGCGUGGACUACCGCCCGCUGCUCAGGUGGGAACAGGUGGUGGACCUGACCUACUCCCAUCGCCUGGGAGCGAAGCCCCAGCCCGCGGAGGCAUACACGGAAGCUGUCCAAAGGCUCCUCUUUGUGCCCCCGACGUGGACCUACGAGUGCGACGAGGACCUCAUCCACUUCCUGUACGACCACCUGGGCAAGGAGGAUGAGAACCUGGGGAGCGUGAAGCAGUAUGUGGAGAGCAUAGACGUCUCCUCCUACACGGAGGAGUUCAAUGUGUCCUGCCUGACAGACAGCAAUGCAGACACCUACUGGGAGAGCGAUGGAUCCCAGUGCCAGCACUGGGUGCGGCUUACCAUGAAAAAGGGCACCAUUGUCAAGAAGCUGCUACUCACAGUUGAUACCACAGAUGACAACUUCAUGCCCAAGAGGGUGGUGGUCUAUGGGGGCGAAGGGGACAACCUGAAGAAGCUGAGUGACGUGAGCAUUGACGAGACUCUGAUCGGGGAUGUCUGUGUCCUGGAGGAUAUGACGGUCCACCUUCCCAUCAUUGAGAUCCGCAUUGUGGAGUGCCGAGAUGACGGGAUUGAUGUGCGUCUUCGAGGGGUCAAGAUCAAGUCAUCUAGACAGCGGGAGCUCGGGUUGAACGCAGACCUUUUCCAGCCGGCCAGCCUGGUGCGAUACCCACGCCUGGAAGGCACUGACCCAGAAGUCCUAUACCGCAGAGCUGUUCUCCUGCAGAGAUUCAUAAAGAUCCUAGACAGCGUCCUGCACCACCUGGUACCUGCCUGGGACCACACGCUGGGCACUUUCAGUGAGAUUAAGCAAGUGAAGCAGUUCCUGCUGCUGUCACACCAGCGGCCAAGCCUGGUGGCCCAGUGCCUGCGGGAUUCAGAGAGCAGCAAGCCCAGUUUCAUGCCACGCCUGUACAUCAACCGGCGCCUUGCCAUGGAACACCGAGCCUGCCCUCUAAGGGACCCCGCCUGCAAGAACGCUGUCUUCACCCAGGUUUAUGAAGGCCUCAAGCCCUCUGACAAGUAUGAAAAGCCCCUGGACUACAGGUGGCCCAUGCGCUAUGACCAGUGGUGGGAGUGUAAAUUCAUUGCCGAAGGCAUUAUUGACCAAGGGGGUGGCUUCCGGGACAGCCUCGCAGACAUGUCGGAAGAGCUGUGUCCUAGCUCGGCAGACACCCCCGUGCCUCUGCCCUUCUUUGUGCGCACGGCCAACCAGGGCAAUGGCACAGGUGAGGCCCGGGACAUGUAUGUGCCCAACCCCUCCUGCCGAGACUUUGCCAAGUACGAGUGGAUUGGACAGCUGAUGGGGGCUGCCCUUCGGGGUAAGGAGUUCCUGGUCCUGGCUCUGCCUGGCUUUGUGUGGAAGCAGCUGUCCGGUGAGGAGGUGAGCUGGAGCAAGGACUUCCCAGCUGUGGACUCCGUGCUGGUGAAGCUCCUGGAAGUGAUGGAAGGAAUGGACAAGGAGACAUUUGAGUUCAAGUUUGGGAAGGAGCUAACCUUCACCACUGUACUGAGUGACCAGCAGGUGGUGGAGCUGAUCCCUGGUGGUACAAGCAUCGUGGUGGAAUAUGAGGACCGUUCCCGUUUCAUCCAACUGGUACAGAAGGCACGGCUAGAAGAAAGCAAGGAACAGGUGGCAGCCAUGCAGACGGGUCUGCUGAAGGUGGUGCCGCAGGCUGUGCUGGACUUGCUGACCUGGCAAGAGUUAGAGAAGAAGGUGUGUGGGGACCCAGAGGUCACUGUGGACGCUCUGCGCAAGCUCACCCGCUUCGAGGACUUCGAGCCGUCUGACACGCGGGUGCAGUAUUUCUGGGAGGCACUGAACAACUUCACCAAUGAGGACCGGAGCCGCUUCCUCCGCUUUGUCACAGGCCGCAGCCGCCUGCCUGCACGUAUCUACAUCUACCCAGACAAGCUGGGCUGUGAGACCACAGACGCGCUGCCCGAGUCUUCCACCUGCUCCAGCACCCUCUUCCUACCGCAGUAUGCCAGCGCCAAGGUCUGCGAGGAGAAGCUCCGCUACGCGGCUUACAACUGUGUGGCCAUCGACACCGACAUGAGCCCCUGGGAGGAGUGA